AUGGACAAUACCAACUCCCCUCUUCAUACUGCUUCAGACGGUGGAUUUUCACACCCAUGGGCUCAUGGCUCGGGCCACGUCAACCGGCAAAAGGCCCUCUCUGCAGGCCUUGUUUAUGAUAUUUCAACUGAAGAGUACAUAGCAUUCGUGAAGCAGAAUAAUGGGCAGAGGGACGAGGAGUCACUGCAUGACCCUCCUCCGAAUGUUGUCAUCAAUGAGGCCACCAUUAAAAGUUACCCCGAGUUGCUUUAUUCUGAAGCAAAACUUGAGAAGAAGGAUUCAACUAUCAUGUGUUGCUCGAUAUAA